GUUGCACUUAUGUGUCAAACGCCUCGGAAUCCGUGACGUUUUGGACGCGUAACUGGGAAAUAACUAGGUAAAAAAAAAUCUUUUGAUAAUCGCUUUUAAGGAGAUUCGAGUUUUGGAUAUCAACGCUAAGACAACGUGGAUAUAAAAAGAUCUAAAAACUGAUUGUUACCUCCAGGAUUCAACACCAACUGCUUGAAAACUUAUCUUACUCACAUGGAGCCUGUUCCAYCUUUUGAACAUGUGAAAACUCUUACUUGCAAGUUUGUCUGGACAAAAUGCUAUUAAUGUGUGACCCGGGUGCUGUGAUGUCAAGAGAUGACGGCGGUCCAGAUGAGGAGGAGCCUGCUUUGCCAUCUUCCUCAGCAGCGGCUGAAGAGGAAGAGAGGAUGCCUCCAGGGCAUCGGGGUCGGCUGGCACAGACCAACCGCCUUGGGGGAGGGGAGAGAGGAGCUUUGAGAGAAGAAGUGGGACAGGAGGAUGAGGAGAUGACUAACAGUUCAAAUGAUCUUUCAUCCUCAGCCAAUCAAAGCCCUGAGAGUGCCACGGGAUCCACCUCAUCGUUCUCUAAAAGCGARCAUGAGGGUAGUGGCAGAGGGCAGGACCACAGAGACAUGAUGAACACAGUGGCUGAGAUGAAGAAGAGGCUUCCGUCAGACAAACGGAGCCGCAGCAAAGCCAGCACUGUGGAGGCCUUAAACUACGCUCUCAACUGUGUCAAGCAAGUUCAAGCCAACAGUGACUACUACAAACUGCUCAUGCGAAAUGGGCAGGAUCCGAGGAAAGAUGCCACUGUCUGCACUCUGGAAGAGCUGGAGAGGGUCACCUCUGAGCACAAUCUUAAAAACACGGAUUCGUUCGUCAUGGUUUUCUCCCUGUCGAGCGGCCGGGUGCUGUACGCGUCGGAGCAGGCUCCCAGCUUACUGUGCUGCAAGAGGAAGUACCUGGAGUCUGCGAAGUUUGUUGAGCUGCUCUUCCACCAAGACGUCAACGUCUUCUACUCGCACACGGCACAGCCACACCUGCCCCCGUGGAGCAACUCGCACUCUGCUGGAGUUUUGUUUGACAGCGCCCAGGUCAAGUCCUUCUUCUGCAGGAUAAGGGGCAGCAAGGAUCGUGACGGGGAGAUGCGGUACAAUCCAUUUCGCAUCACGCCGUACCAGCUGAAGGUGCAGGGAACAGGGGAGGAGGAGGAGCCAUGCUGCCUGGCACUGGCAGAACGCAUCAUCUCCGGAUAUGAGGCACCUCGGAUCCCCAUGGACAAGCGCAUCUUCACUACAACCCACUCCCCUGGUUGUAUAUUCCUGGAAGUUGAUGACAGGGCUGUGCCUUUACUAGGAUACCUUCCUCAGGACCUGAUUGGCACAUCGUUGCUGACCUGCAUCCACCCAGAGGACCGUCCCCUCAUGCUGUCCAUGCACAGAAAAGUGUUAAAGUAUGCUGGUCAGYCUCCGUUUGAGCACUCUCCGGUGCGUCUGCGCUGUCAGAAUGGAGACUAYGUCACCUUGGACACCAGCUGGUCCAGUUUUAUUAAUCCCUGGAGUCGAAAGGUGGCUUUCAUCAUCGGUCGGCACAAAGUCAGAACGAGUCCUCUGAAUGAGGAUGUGUUUGCUGCUCAGAUGAAGGAAGACAUUCCCGUCACAUAUGAGGAAAUCAAAGAUCUUCAAGCGAAAAUCUAUAAGCUUUUCCUGCAGCCUGUCCACAACAAUGGCUCCAGCGGCUAYGGCAGUUUGGGGAGUAACGGCUCUCAUGAGCACUACAUCAGCUUUGCCUCUUCAAGUGACAGCAACGGUAAUCUAUGGGAGGACUCGCACCGAGAACCGAUGACUUUGCAGCAGAUCUGUGCUGACGUGAACCGAGCAAAAACCUGGGGCCGACAAACUUUCCUAGAUUCCAGCCAAAAACAUUCUUGUCAUGGCAAACCUACCGCAGUACCUCAACCCCCCACAGCCCCCAACCUUGAGACCAGAGGAAACGGUGAAAGCAGGAAACAAACCCACAUCCCUUCCUAUCAGCAAAUCAACUGUGUAGACAAUAUCAUCAGAUACUUGGAGGGCUGUGCAGGUCAAGUCCUAAAACGAAAGAGCGAGUCUCGUUCUUUGGCCGCCUCUUCCUCCUCAUCCUCUACCUCAGAAGAGGACAAACCGGCAGGCGCCGCUGGUGUGGUUCAGACCAGUUCAGAUGUGGUUGUGUUGGACAGCGAGGUGUCAGUGGGCCCUACAGCUGCGGCAGUUGUCGGGGCGCCUCUGACAGACAUCACAAUGACCUCUAAGGCCAUGAGUGUUGUCUCGGUCACUAGCCAGUGUUCGUACAGCAGCACCAUCGUCCAUGUGCCUCAGCCCGAGUCAGAGGCCACAGCACCAGAAGAUGCGCCGAUGGGCAGCGAGCCUGCYGAUGUGGCUGCAACCCCCAUCCGUCCUGCCCCAAGCCCCGCCACAGAGGAAAGACGCUUUGUAGGUCUGACCAAAGAGGUGCUGUCAGCUCACACCCAGAAAGAAGAACAAGAAUAUGUGGAUCGAUUCCGUCAUCGCAUUCUCCAAAGUCCUUACAGCUCCUAUUUGCAGCUGGAAAAUAGCUCGAUGGCUCACUCCUACCACCCAGGAGACUACCGACGCCCAGUGAGUGCUGGAGGUUGGAAUCGGACCCGAAGAGGAAARCUCAGACACAAGCGACCCAAACCGCAGGGUUCCUCAGACAGCUAUGCCUCCCCAGCUGGCCCCCCUUACCGGGUUCCUUACUCUUCCUGGCCCUCCUCAGAGUCCUCGCACCCCCGCAUGGUAGAACCCCCCUGUCAAACAUCCCCACUGCAGGUUCCGUUCAUCCCGGUCAUGGGGAAGCCCGGCCCUGAGCAGCUGCCUGGAGCAGCUCCUGUAACGCUGCAGCCUCCGGAGCAGCUCAGCUACAACUUUAACAUCAUGCAGUCGGCUCAGAGCCAGCCGGGCAUGCCACCAGUCCAAAUGGAGCCCCAGCAGAAUGUCCAGAACUUUUAUAACUUACACACAAUGACUUCAGCUCAGAGCUUUAACCCUUACAUGGCUCCCAUCAUGGCAGUCAUCCUACCCAACUAUCCAACCUUCAGUCCUGGCUUUCCCUCUGUUUACCUACCAUCUGUUUCCUCCGCUGUACCUCAAACAUCCAGCAUUAUGCCAGGGUUCACGCCUGACUGUGCCUCCUUCAUUCAGCCUCAGUUCCAGGCCCAGCCUGGCCCCCAGACUUCACCCGGCCUCCUUCUGUGCUCACAGAGAGCCAGCUCUGUUGGAGAAGAGGAAGAAGCAGCAGAGCCUCGAGCUUUAUUCUCCAGCUCUCGCUCGAGCUCUCCCUUGCAGCUCAACCUGCUACAGGAGGAACUCCCCAAACUGGGUGAGGGGCAGAGCAGCACUGGACACAACCAUCCUGAAAGCCUCCAUGAACAACACGUCACCGAGGGCAACGCCCCGUGUGAGUCCAGUAAUCAUGAUGCCCAGUCUACAUCCAGUGAGCUUUUGGACCUCCUGCUGCAGGAGGACGCCAGGUCAGGGACUGGCUCCAAUGCCUCAGGUUCUGGAUCAGGAGAGUCUGGUUCACUGGGAUCUGGAUCUGGCUCUAGGAGUAAUGGUACCUCCACCUCACACACUGGCAGCAGCAACAGCAGCAAGUACUUCGCCAGCAACGAUUCAUCUGACACAUCGAGAAAAGCUCGUAAGAGCCAGGAGGCACAGACGGAGCACAAGCGCAGCUUCGACAGCCGAGUGGAGAGCUCCCUGUGGAGCAUGAUCCAGCACACACCUGAGCACGUCAUGAUGACAUACCAGAUACACCCCAGGGACCAGAGUGAGGUGUUGGCAGAAGACCGAGAGAAGCUCCACAUGCUUCAGCCCCUCCAGCCCUGGUUCACCCAGGAGCAGAGGGAGGAGCUGGCUCAGGUCCAUCCUUGGAUUAAGCAGCACACCAUCCCACAGGAAAUAGACACACAGGGCUGUGUGAGCUGCAGUUCGGCGCCGGCCACRACCCACUCCCCUCAGCCUCCGGUCUCAGACGGUUCAGCAACUGCGGAAGGCCUUCAGCAGGACUCCAUCGGACCCGUGGUCGACACCUAAAGACACGGACGUCAGCCACUGCACGGCUCACAGUGAACAAGUCAAAAAGCUCAACAGCACCUGCCAUGCGUCUCUCUUGACCUGUCUGGAGAAGGUGGACCCCCGCUCUUUAGGUUUAAUGUUCUGUACAGACAGCAGAGACUAGAACCAGGCCUAAACAAGAGUGGGGAAGAGACAGACUGUACAUGUUACUGGUGUUUUCUCUGUCACUCUAACGUGACUGUCUUCACCUAAUUGUUGAUGUUAUACCUCUGUUGUUUUUGUGUUAAUAGAGCCCCUGGAGGGGUUUAUCUCACAAUACAGACUCCACCUCCUCUGGUGCUUUGAGCCACCAGCUGUUCAUCACACACAUCUUUUAGUCGCUGCCCCCUGAACAAGAGCACUGUGUGAACACCUGCCCUACCUGUUCAAUUAGUCAGAUUCUUCUCCAGUGACUUGUUGUAGAGUAUGAGCACCACACCAACUCAGUGACACAGUGUUAACAGUCUAAUCUACCAUAACGAAGACAUGGUGGGGUCAUGUUUUAUUUUUAUCCGAUGGAGACUAAUACACAUUUGCUGCUCUGAUUUGUCUAUAAUAUUCAGGAAAAAUCUCAUGAUUUAAAUGUGCUUUGUUCUUAUUCCAUAGGUUCUUCUCUUGUGCAGAUCAGUUUUGUCAUUACAAUGUUAUGUUGACUGAUGAACAAACCAGAUGGCAUUUUUGGCUAAAACAAGUUCAAGCUCAAACAAGCUCAUGACUCAAAAACCUAAAAACAGAUCAUCACCAUUAUUUACCUGUAGCCUUGUUGUGUACAGCCCCAAAUUUCUUCUGAUCCUAUUUUUUUCUUACUGAAUGAAUUCCCUUUUAGCCCCAGUAGCAUUUUUUUUUUGUUUUUCUGACCAUGUGUGGAAAUAUUAAGGAGAGGGAGGUGUGGAGAAGCUAAUUGUCAUUCUGUGAAUGUUGUCACUCUUCUUGUGCUGAGUCCGACUGCAGGUGUGAAUGAGCGCACAGUCUCCUUCCUUCAGUACACGUGUCCAAAAGCGCAACACAGACCAUGUUUUCUAUUGUUUUUAGAUCAAAAGUAUAUGACAGUACUGUGUAUUUUAUAGAUGAUGUAUUCAAGACUUACUAYGAAUUGUAUAAAAAGCCAUUUGUCUUGAAUUCAGGGACUGUUUGUGACAAAAGAAUGAAUAAAUGACUUAUGAUCUAA